ACUCAACAGGCGGUAGUUCGAAUGAAGAGCGUCUAUUUCGGGUACGCUGGUAAAUCCUGGCAUUCGUGCUUAGAGAAGUGUGAAGAAAAUCAGUAGAUAAUGGAAUCUUUUGUAACUACGUCUUUCGGCUUCGAGCAUUACCUUCGCUUAUCACACUCUCAAAUUAAGGCCAUCCGACAAGCAUUUUACAAUGCCGCUGCUUUCAUAAUUCUUUCUUUCAUAUGCGUUGCCAUUCUGGCAGUCUAUUAUACGCUCCAGGUUUUUGUCAGACCUCUUUUAUGGGCUGUUUUGUGCGGGACGGUGUUAUAUCCAUUCAAAAAUUCAUUAACGGAUGUUAUUCGUGGAUGGGUUAGGCGUGUUGAUGCAGAAGAUCAGUUACUUUUAGUGGAAACUGUUGUUGUACCGUUCAGAGUUUCUAAUGCUCUCUAUUCCAUAUUAAUCAAGAAAAUGUCUGAUCACUGGAGUUUACUUAAGACAUCUCUGUUCCUUCUCCUCGCUUUCAACAUUUCUUCCUACUUUGAUUUUUUCUGGCUCCCUGGAUUAUCUAUAAAUAUCUCUUACUUCUUAAUAUCGUUCGUUGAUUGCGUCUUAGAAUUUACAUCAUUCAAAUUAGUUAUUACUCUAGGUAUUAUCUACGGCAUGAUUGCUUUAGUAAAACCAUCCAAUUUCCACUUCGUGUACAGUGUGUCACACUUUUUCUGGCUUUCAUUGCUGUUAUGGUGCACAUCGUUUGGUGGGGUUUUAAGAAUACCCGUAUUUUUCUUUUCUGUUGCGGUCUUGAUAGUUGGCUACUGGGGUUUCACUGAAGAAGCUGAUGGAAGUUGUCAAGAACGGUGGGCUUCCUGCCAUACUGUUACUGCAUUAGAUGGGGGAUCUCCCGAGUUAAUUAGGAGUGCAGUUUCCUGUGACACACUGGCAGAAGUUAGUACAGAAUUCAGUAAGCCUUUCGAGGUUUCUACUCAAAUACACCCAAGCCAGACAAAAGAGGAAGAACAACAGCGUCAAACUGGUCUUCCUCUAAGAUGGUCGCAGUUUCUGAGACAAGCUUUCCUUCCGGUACCGACAGGAUCAUCCUAUGGAUUCGAUCCAGUUAGUGAGCUCCGAGCUUUCAUGUCUGAACAGUUGUGUUUAUCUUCCGCAAAAUCAUGGAGUGCAAUAUUGGAAGGAAAAGGGUUUCGUGCGAGAGGUAGUUCACUUCCUAGAUCGGGAAACAUUUUCGACGCAGCUUAUACAAACGAUACUUGCUAUCCUGACAGUUCAUUUGUCAAUCGCUGUUUUCUUGCAUUAUUGUGGGCUCAUUUUCUCGUCGCUAUUUGGCUUUAUCAAUGGCCAUUAUAUUUGAUUUGUUUUAUCCUAAUUUUCUUUGGGAUUUUCCGUCUAUCGCUUUGUUUAAAAUUACAAGAACUAUCACGUUGGGUUCUUUGUAAACUUAACAGUCUACUACAGACCAUUACUCCGAAUUUGACAAUGGAACAAAGAAAAGCUUAUUUGAAGUCGGUCGUUCCCAGGCCUGUGCACGGAUUGCUUACUCUAUUGGGAUAUUGCGAUAGAAAACUUUGUCGUUAUUUGGACUCAUGGGUAGACAGUGUCGUCAGUCUUUUUAUUCUUGUCUUCUUUAUUUUCGCUUUUUGUCUACUGACAAUGUUUUUAGCAUUUCAGAUUCACAAUGAAAGUAUUCAUUUGGUAUCGCUAACAAGUGAUUUUAUCAAUAAAGCGUUGAACAGUGAAACAUAUAGUUGGCUUCCUAAAAGGGAACAAGUUGAUGGAAUGUUUAAUGUUUUAGUUACAAAUGCUUAUCAAGCUGGACGAAGUUGGAUAUCCGAAAAGAUCAAUGAACUUUUCGAAGCAGAUCCGAAUUCAAAGGCAAUAUUAAAAGAACAACUUUUAUAUUUGUGGGAGAAUAUUUAUAAUUCUUUUAUCAAUCAGCCAAUGAACACUACAUCGAUGACUAAUCAAUCAGUCAUUAAUAAUCAAACCUUACCGUUCUUGUUCCAUAAUCAUAUAAAUUCCAAUACUAUUACUCCACGUGGGGUUGGGAGAGUUUCAUUAAAUCGAUUUUUUAUCAAUACUACUUGGAUAUUUAAUCGUCACGCUUUAAGUUCAUUGUUUGUGAUUUUCAAACAGAACUUGGGCACAUUUGCAACUAUUACAGAAUCAUUAUGGGGUUUGAUGCGUAGUAAUGUGAAUUUAAUUGCUCAGUUAAUGACAACUUUAUUUUCAUUGAUAAUGAGUGGUGGGCAUGUGGCAAUGAAUUUUAUGAUUGCUUUUCUCAUUUUUUUAACAGUUCUCUAUUAUGUAUUAGCUGCGAGUGGAUCGUGUUAUCUUCCUGUCGCUUUUAUUUCUUCAUUAACACCAACUUUUUCUGGAACUAAUUCAUUAAUUACGCAUUUAUAUUCAACUGUGGAAUCAGCUAUUAGUGGAGUAUUUGUUGCAACAUUAAAAUUAGCUUUGUUUUAUGGUUUAUAUACAUCACUUACUCAUAUUAUAUUUGGAUUAGAUCUUGUAAUAAUUCCAUCUGUAUUGGCUGCUAUAUUAGGCGCUGUCCCAAUUAUAGGCACAUAUUGGGCUGUUCUACCUGGUGCAAUUGAAAUUAUUAUAAUUCGUCAGUCAUUAUCUCAAGCUGGUCUUCUCAUACUUUUCCAUUUGUUGCCAACAUAUGUCGUUGAUGUUUCAGUUUAUAGAGAAAUUAAAGGAGCGGGACAUCCUUAUUUUACCGGUUUGGCGAUUGCUGGUGGAAUAUACUGUCAAGGUCCUGAAGGUGCCAUAAUUGGUCCCAUUCUACUAUGUUGUUUUUUAGUUGGGAUAAAUAUGUUUCGAUGGGCGAUGGAUUCUAGCAAAAAAGCGUUAGCUGCUGAUCAAUGUGAAUAUAAGUCUCACUACUCGCCCCCUACCUCGCCAACUACAGUGCAUACUUAUAAAGCUUGUAAUUCAUCAGUCAUGUCCGAUCGUUUCCACGAAGUAAACUCAUUUAGCAAGUAUUCCAACCCAUCUACAAAGUUUCGUAGACCAAUCUUCAAACGAAGACCAAAAUACCGGUUUAAUAAAAAUUCAUUUUCUAUGCCAGACAUUUCGGACAUAUCUGACGAAUCAUUUCAAACUCCACAAAUUAAACCUCACACAACAAAGUUGAAUUCACCUGUAUCAAGUAUACAUUUUGCCGCACAUUCAUCAACUCCUGCACAUACAUAUAUACCGUGAUUUAAAUAACUAAUUCACCGAACAAACCAAAACAUUUGUUUGUUUGUUUCGUCAGAAGAAAGAAAAUGUCUGUAUGUGUGUGUUAAAUUCCUUAUCAAUAUUUCUUGAGGUCUAUUUACACUCAUAUUUAUAUAUAAUAAACAAAUGCAACGGAGAUGAUCGAUAAUGUUUUAACACUGAUUUGGUUUUCUCUGUCAGUUUAUUUUCUCGAGUGAUUAUUCAUCUCACUGAGUGUCAUUUUCCUUUAUCUUGACGUUGUUCAAAGGACACUCAUGAUUAUAUAUAUAUAUAUAUAUAUGCAUUUUCUGGUCUGAACUCUUGUUUCGCUUAUUGAGAUAUUGGUUUCCAUAUUACUUGGAUCGUGACAUUAUUUUUUCUCAUUAUCAGAUUACAUGCAUACCAUAAGUAUAAAGAAUAUAGAGAUUUUAUUUCAAAUAAAUUAUUUUUACUUCACUGUUCUGUAUAUCUCAUUAAAGUUAACCGUUAUUUAGACUUCCAUUCAAUUCAAUAAACUACGAGACACCGUAAUGAUAACGCUUUAUAUUACAUAUUAUGUGUUAUAACUUAUUUUAUUGGGGCUCUUAGAUUAUGACUUGUUCAGUUCACUUAGUUGCUUAUGUUCGUAACUAAUAUAUCAUUGUUAAAUUGAAUCUAUGAUAUGCACAAGUGUUGUAUGAAUAAUAUUGUGUUAUCAUUUGAACUAAUUAACUUUUAAUUUAAAUUAUAAACACAAUGAAUUGUUUAAGUCUACAAACAUUCAUUCUGGAAAUCGAAUACUUCUAUUCAAAGC